AUGACACUGCUUGGCAAGACCUUCAACAUUUCUGGUAAUCGUGGCACCAAUAUUUCGCGAACACGUCAGUUCGUACGGAAUGUUAGCUUUGUCGAAGUCAGACCAAAGAUAGUUUUGGUUUGUCCAAAGACUUCCAUUGCUCGCACCUCGACCAUUAUGAAAUCGUGUUAUCUCCCGAGGACCCUUCCAUCGAUUAUAUCGCGGCACAAGUCAAAGUUUACCAUAACAAUGGAUAACCUACCAACAUACUCAAAGAAACCCUCGGAGUUUGAUGCUAUCAAAAAAGGACCUGAAUGGGAAAGCACCAUUGGUAAAAUAGUUAGGGAAUCACAAGCGAAAUAUCCUCAUUGCGUCGUGCUCACACGUGUUGGGCAAUUUUGGGAGCUAUACUUCGAGCAAGCAAGAGAAAUCGCACCUCUGUUGGACAUAAAACUUACCAAAAAGAAAUUUGGUCAAGAAUAUUUUCCAUUUGCAGGAUUUCCUUUGCAACACUUGGACAGAUAUUUAACAAAAUUAAUAAAUGAACAUGGUCGAGCGGUGGCCAUCUGUGAUGAGUUUCCAAAUACGGACAUUGAAAAAAGAGUAAAAUUCACGCGUCUAGUCACUCGUAUUAUCACACCCGGAACUUUGAUUGAUGAGAGCUUUCUGCCGCAAGAUCAAAACAAUUUCUUGCUUUCGGUGUCACUAGAAGAAGAUUCAAAUAGGACCGGAUUAGCAUGGGUUGACAUAACCACCGGACAAUUCUACAUGCAAGAGUCUCUUCUGGAAUCGCUCUCGAACGAUCUAUCGCGUAUUAGGCCCAGCGAAGUUGUAUUAAGCGAUACCUUGAAGCUCUUGGAGGAUCAUCCUAUUUGGCAGCAUGUUGAUCGUGGGAUGAAAAGUGUUGCUUUCGAAUCAUGGCAUUCAUUCGACGCUACUCAACCUCAAGCGUGGAUGUCCGAUCAUCAAGAUGACGUGGAAAUUCGGGAAGUUUUCACAGUUUCAGAGUUGAAAGCCAGCGCGGCAUUACUAAACUAUGUCGAAAGGAACUUAAUCGGACGCGUCCCAAAGAUGCAGUUUCCAAUCAGGAUGAAUCCUAAGGACAUAAUGAUUAUCGAUGGGGCAGCCUUGCGCUCAUUGGAAAUUACGACAUCCAUGCGAGAUCUUACAAAGAAAGGAAGCUUAAUGCAUGCUAUACAACGCACCAAGACAGCCUCGGGAACACGUGCAUUGUAUAACUGGUUGCGGUUUCCCAGCACAUCGAUUGACGUGAUUAACAAUCGGCUAGACCUUGUCGAGUAUUUUCAUGACAACACACAUCUUACCAGCGACAUCAUUCAAAUGUUAGGGGAAUGCGAUGAUGCACAAAGAACCUCACAAAAAGUUACAUUUAACCAUUGUAGCCCCGAUGAUUUCUUGAAAUUAAGGCGAACAUUGGAAGUCAUGCUAACCAUUAAGAAUAGAUUGUUUGCGGAACUUUACGUUUCUCCCAGCGAAAGUGUGGGAGCACUUCUGGAUCGUUUAAAACCUCAACAGGAUCUGAUAAGCAUCAUAACGGCAGCUGUUGACGAAGAAGCGCUAAAUAGAGCAAAGGAGAAGCAGUCCAUAGAUGGAAUUAUGACGCCAGAUGGUGCCAUUGAUUUAGAAGAAGAGGAUUUAUUAAAUCUGACAAGAUAUGACGUUGAAAAUGAUAAAAAGAAGGUUAAGACUAGUAAGAGAAAUGGGACGAACGCCAAAGAUGUUGACGCGGAAAUUCAAUCAUUGUUGAAAAAUGAUAAUUGGGUGAUACUUAAAGAUUUUUCACCGCAAUUAAAGACCCUACACAAGGAGCUUGAAAGCGCAUAUCGUGAGAUGAUUAAUCUCCAAAUUAAAUGGCAGACCAAAUUAAAUGGACCACUGUUAGAACUUCGAUCACAUCCUAGUUAUGGUUUUAUUGUAAUUGCCAAAAAAAUCCGCGGUGUUGAUGUUGAAGGUAUCCUGAAAGCGGUGCAAAUAAAUCAUUUUAAAAGUAAGAAAAUAUUUAUUGUGAAGAAAUGGACAGAACUAGGCGGUCAGAUAGAAGACAUCAAAGUAAAGAUACGCGAAGAAGAAAAUAAUGUAUUUCAAUUAAUACGGGAAAAGGUGGUUGAUCCUCAAUCGUCACGUUUAUUUAUCGCCUCACAUUUUAAUCUAUUGAAGGUCGAAGACGAAUGGCAUGUGACAGUAUGCAAUUCCAAGGUAAUGGAUGAACUUGAUAUUGCCACUUCGCUUGCUGUGUUAGCACGAGAACAAAAAAUGGUUCGACCAAUCCUCAACAAUAGCUAUUCUCACAAAAUAGAAGGGGGUCGACAUCCAAUUGUGGAAUCAUCCCUUCAAUUGAAGGGGCAGAAAUUUGUCAAGAACAAUUGUUAUUGUGGAGAGAAAGAACGGCUCUUGUUGAUUACAGGACCCAACAUGGGUGGAAAGAGUACCUAUCUUCGCCAAAAUGCUAUUAUUUCUAUUUUGGCACAAAUCGGAUCCUUCGUUCCAGCUGAUUACGCUGAGAUCGGUAUAGUCGAUCAGAUCUUAAGUAGAGUCGGAGCCUCCGAUAAUUUGUACAAAAAUCAAUCUACGUUUAUGGUGGAAAUGAUCGAAACAGCACAUAUUUUAAAGAAUGCGACGCAAAGAUCGUUUGUUAUCAUGGAUGAGAUUGGUAGGGGAACAACGACACUGGAUGGAAUCGCGAUUUCAUUUGCCACAUUGUUCCAACUGCAUUACAUGAAUCGAUGCAGAACUUUAUUUGCAACACAUUUUCACGAACUACCGAAUUUGAUCAAGGAUUUUGAGCACGCAUCUUGCUAUUGCACUGAUAUUCAAGAAAACGAGGACGGAAGUUUUUACUAUCUUCACGAAUUGAGGCGUGGUGUGAACUGUAACUCGGCAGCACUGAGAGCCGCACAACUUGCAGGAAUGCCAUCAUCGGUACUGAUAGUCGCUAGAAGUGCGUUGGAGUGUCUUAAGAAAUACUCGAAUCCAAUUAAUUUACAUACCGAUUUCCAAGAGGAAGUUGAAAAUAUUAUGCAUCGUGAUUUCAUCAAAGCAAAAGAGAGACGAACAGUGGAAGUUAUUGCGAAAGGAAUGGCUGGAUGUUCUGUGCAAGCAACGACAUACGCAAAAUGCAUAACGAAUCACCUCGAGAACAUAAACAAAGAUUUAUGCGCUAAAGAAUUUGAUGCCUUUAAAAAAUGUUUGCAAAAGGCGAUUGGAAAAUCUUGGUAG